AUGUCAACCACACGGCAGUUAAGUGUGUUUUUGUUUGUAAGUUUCUGGGCUGUAUACCUGGUGAGCCCGACUCCUUACACCUGGAUGAAGAGGGACAACUGGGACAUCAUUAAUGAGCGGUUCUCCAACGUGUCGGCCCAGAACUGUCGGUCAAAACACAAGGAUGACCUCAUGUUGCCCGCAGAUUCUGUGGCAGCGGUGCCCCAAUACAACAAGUUGCUCAGUGCCAGAACGUUCUCUAACAGAACCAACCUGCUGCAUGUGCACAACAUGGCACUGAACCGGGCUUUCUUUUUCUCCUUGAUCUACCAGCAGCUCAACAAUUCCUGGGACUUUCAGACGCAGCCUGGGCUCAUGUACAUUUAUAUGUCCACAGCCGCAGAUAUCUCUGCCAGUGCUGGAUUCAUUAAUGGUUCUGGGUUGUUCUUUGACAACAAUUGCUCCUAUCCCAACUGGUAUACAACAUUUGACUUCAACAGAACUUUGCCACUUUUUGGACCCAAAGCUUGGAGGGAAGAUGAUUACAAUGAGCCUACCAACUUUCUCAGAGAACCGACAAAUGGCACGAUAGACAUUUGGGACUUGGCUUCAGGGAAUGCCAGGAACUACACAGACAAACGCUACAAGGGAAACCCCUGGGUUGAGUAUUGGUUGCCCGAUAUUAAAGCUGACACAGACUCCACAAGAAAGUUUACCUAUUCUAUUGGCAUCAAGUACUCAAACACGACUGGCAAGUUUACGAGAGACACCUUUGAAGAGUUCAAAUUCUUUGGCCCUCAGCAGCCAGGUAGUGAAGAUCCUGUUUCCAUGUUGCCUGUUAGGAUCACUCAACCAUACUUUGAUUGUGGACAGUCUAAUCGCUGGAUUGUCACAGCUUCAAGUCCUAUUGUAGAGUUUAUGCCAAGAUAUUCAAAUUUUACUCACUUGCGAAGAGCCAGAUUCACAGCAGUGGCCACGAUGGACAUUGAAUUUGAAAGGCUGGACAUGAACCAGUGCCCCAUCAUGCAGGGUAACCCUAAUCCGAAUGCUUUUGCUGGGACUGCCAGGUGUAGGCCUACAACAUCUUGUGAGCCACUUAUGGGUUACGGCUUUCGCCGUGGUGGUUAUCAGUGUGUUUGUAACCCAGGCUACUACUACCCCUGGUGGCAUGAUGGGCCCUUCCUGGGUAUUGAGAUUGAAGAGGCUACAAAAGAUGAGUGGGAGGUCGGCUACAACUGUCUUACUGUACAAGAUCGUCAGGUCAUCCCCAACGUCAAUCCAUCAUUUGUGCGAAAAAGGAGAUCUAUAGCCACUCCGAGACAAAUAUUUCUGCAAGAAGUUUUGGAACCCAACCAAAGCCCACGGCUCACUAAACACCUGAAGAGAGUUUUAAUCCCUAGAAUCAAGGCGAUUCGAGAGCAAGUGGAGCGGGAAACAAGAGAGGCACGUGAAGCUAAUCCGAAAGUGACAAUCAAAAAGAGGCAUGUUGCAAAACACAAGAUUAAAGAGGGUGCUGCCCAUAAACGGUCCAAACGUGAAGCUACAGACGAACAAGCCGUCAACAGAAUGCUAAAGAUUUUACAGCGAUACAGAGACACUACCUCCCAGAACUGCAACACUAAAAAAGCUUAUGAGCUCUUGUUGCCAGGAGAUGCUGCUUAUGGUGUGGAGAAGCAGUUUGAAGCUCAAGGUCGAACUGCGCUCCGUCUUGCUCACUUUUUAUCCAACUUCCUGCAAAACGUGGAUGAAUAUGAGGAGUUUGGCAACUUGAGAGGUGAUCGCAGAUUGAAUGAGACCCAGAUUUAUGCAGAAGUCAUUGCUAACGUCAUGGCAGACUGGAAGAUCGUUGGAGCUGGUGUUUUCUUUGAUCGCUACAAGUUCCGUAUGUCCCCACCAAUCAAUAACACCGAUCCCCGCUUUUUAAAUGGCAUCACUAGAGAAUUCUUUGGUCCAUAUGCCUGGAAGGUUCAAGCCACAAGUGUCGGCGGCGUUGGAGGUGCUGAUUUUUUCAGGGCCAUCGAUUUUGCAGGCAAGAACUCAUACUAUACAGAUGAGCCUUGGUUCUUUAACAUGAAGGCUCGGUGGGCCACCAACUUUGUAGGUCUGAAGAAGUUCACUGCUAAACCAAUGAUUAGGUCCGACUACAAUGGUACCAGCUUGGUCCGCUUUGAGUACUACCCAUACACGUAUCGGGCAGCACAGUAUGAAGAUGGUGAAUGGUUGCGCCCACAGUUCAAAUGUGAUGGCAUGUCUAACACCUGGAGUGUCACAUACCUGGCUCCUUUCUUUGGCAAAGAUGAUGUUAAACAGGGCAUUGAAUUCAAGGGUGUCGUCACAGUGGAUGUGGCCCUGAGGGAGAUGAGUAUCAACCAGUGUCCUGCAGAUUUUGCAACUCCAAAUGCAUUCAAGAACACGGCACGUUGUGACUUUGAGUCACAGUUU